AUGGAUUCUAAUAGCACUAGCCAGGCUCAACUGACAGCUCCAAGUUCACCGACCGAUAUUGAGCUAUUACGACAACAUGACCAUCACCCUCCCAACAACGACGCAGGCUUCUCCCUUCCCCCCACCGAUCAAGGCAAGGAUGCUUGGCUUUGCUUGUUAUCUUGUUUUAUGCUUGAGGCUAUGAUCUGGGGCUUUCCAUCCUGCUAUGGUGUCUUUCAAGAGUAUUACGCUACCAGCAAUGACUUCUCCGGUCAAAGCAACAUCGCUGUCGUUGGUGCUUGUGCAAUGGGUAUCAUGUAUAUGGACAUUACGUUGUGGUUCGUCGUCCUCAAGUACUUUCCAAGAUUCCGCAGGUGGGCGACCCCUGUUGGGCUGGCUGUUGUCUGCCUCGCCCUCGGUCUCGGAUCUCUGUCGACUAGUGUAACUCACCUCAUCGUUACCCAAGGCAUUUUGUAUGCUUUGGGUGGAGGUUUGGCAUGGACACCAAUUCUCUUCAAUAUCGAAGAGUGGUGGGUACGACGACGAGGAUUUGCGUACGGGGUGACCAUGGCAGGCCUGGGGUUGAGUGGUGCCAUUCUCCCGUUGAUAUUGGAAUGGCUGUUACACUCGUAUGGCUUCCGUACGACACUUCGAGUGUGCGCACUUAGCUUCGUGGUCCUCAAUCUCCCCAUCGUCUUCUUCUUCAAACCUCGGCUUCCGCUUUCCCACGCAUCGCAGUCCAGGGGCUUCGAUCUAUCUUUCUGGACUUGCCCAAACUACCUCAUCCUACAGUCAGGCAAUGUGAUCCAGAGCCUUGGUUUCUUUCUGCCGGGAAUCUAUUUGCCCACCUUUGCUCGUUCGAUCGGUGCGGGUAGCAUCGAGAGCACUGUCACUGUCAUCCUGGUCAACGCUGCUGGAUUCGUUGGAUGUUUGUGCAUGGGUGUAGCAACAGAUAGAUAUCAUGUCACCAGCUGUCUAUUUGUCUCGGCUUUGGGGUCCACCAUCGGCAUAUUCCUCCUCUGGGGAUUCUCUACGUCACUGGUACCAUUGUACCUCUUUUGCCUCGUCUAUGGUGCGUUUGCGGGGUCUCAGUCGAGCGCCUGGAGCGCCAUUGUCACAGAUACACAAAAGAAGCGUCGAGGCGCAGACUCUGGGUUUGCUUGGGCCUGUUUGUCUGCAGGAAAGGGAGUUGGCAACUUAUGCAGUGGUCCGCUUUCGGAAGCCUUGCUUCAUGCUGGUAACUGGAAUGCCCACUUUGCUUAUGGGAGUGGCUACGGAGCACUUAUCGCCUUUACAGGCGUGACUGCACUGUUGAGUGGAUGGGGCUAUGCUGCCAGAAGGAUUGGAUGGAUAUGAGUCGAUCGCUAUUAACACCACACCUGGGUGACAUGAAAUACUUAACACACUAGUAUAAAAACGCUACUGUAGGCGCCAGAUAGGCCUAUGAGGAAGAGAAUAUCGGAGUUUACCUGUACUGUCGCUGUCAAGUAUUCUAUGUCACCUGUUGUCCGCGAUGGUGACAUCGCAAGUCAUACG